GGCUUCACAACACCCAGCUCUAAGUGUUACUAACACACAGAGGAACAGGAGAGACCAUAAUGCUCAGAAAAUACCCCCAUUCACUACGUCAAGCUCUUCCAGCAACACAUCAAAAAGCUCUUCACUUUCAUCAAAACCAGCCAGCCAGAUCUCGACGGUUCAGGAUCAAGCCCUGCUGGACAUUGUCUCCGUCACUAGAUUGGCCCUGGGAGAAUCACCAAAUCCUCAACCAUUGGAGCAAAGAAAUAAAAUGUUAGUACCAUUGGGUUCCAGUCCACUCAGUGCAAGAACAACUCCAGCAUCUUGCCCAGCCAGCCCCAGGCUCAGUCUAACACCCAGCUCAGCCAAUCCACAGCAAUACUCUGACUCCUCUCCAGCCAGUGCAGGGAUCAAUGCAAGUUCCUUCUAUUCCUUCUGUCCUCACACAGCACAAAACUUACAAGCUUCAACAUCAGACCACACACUGACCCCAACCAGGAAAAGCACAAGGCCUUCAACAACGAGGACUCCUGAAGAUAGUUCCCAGUCUCCUGACUAUUUUAAUACUGAAUUAAAGACUAUGGGAAAGUGUUUUGAAACAGGCCUGGAAGAUCCUGAUCAUGAAAGGAGAUUUGUAACUGCAAAGGAAUUCCAAGCCAUGGAGAAACAACUAGAAGAUGUAAGAGAAGAACUGAAAUGCUUGAAGUGGAAGGUGAGACACAUUGGUGAGACCGUGCAGCCCCUGGCAGAGGAUAGCAAGCGUUACAACGGCUACACCCUGACCGAGCUCAAGGCAAUGGUGCAGUUUGAAGAUGAUCCUUACAAAGCUGCACACAAAAUCCUAACUGUGCUCUUCAGUGAUGUGAACUUGCUACAGCACUCAGUCACCGAACAGGCCUGCAACUCACGGUCUCUGCCCAAGCCCAAAUUAGACCCCGAGCUGUACACAGUCUACCGUGACAUUCUGAAAAGCAUAUUCCCUGGAAUUAGCAGUCAGACCUUGAGGGAAGAGACACAACACUUUCAGAAAAGGGCCCAGAAAGAAGUACAAUAAGGGCAGAGUUCACAAAAU